AGGGUUCAUGGUUCUCGCCCAGUGGCUCGCGAUGGUGCUAGGUCGCGGGCCAGCGCCGAAGCGCCGAUCGACCAGGUGAUUCUGUGAAAGGUCGCGGCUUGGCAGGGCGAUGGCGUCGGCGGGCUUCGUCCUGGGCUGGAAGGGGGACGAGGACGAGGAGGUGGAUAUUGGCGGGUCGGAUGAGGAAGCGCCAGGGAUCGAGAGCGCAGGCGCUAUUAUUCCAGCAGGGGUCGAGAGCGCAGCCGCGAGGAGGAUUCCAGCCGAAGAUUUUGAAGCUGAGAGGAACAAGAGCGCGCCGAGUCCGUCGAUAUUUCGGGGAAAUGAAAGGGAGCUCCCGCUUCCUCCUGGCGGUAAGCAGCGUCUCGAGAAUCGUGCUCUUAAUGGCGCUCCAAAGCUUGGAAUGGAAGCUCAGGAUAGUCGAGGCUGCAAGAAGGAAGCUGGCGCUGCGAGGCGGGCAGAGAAUGCUAAUGGCACGGCUGCUUCGAUCAAAGGCAAGGAGCCAGUGGUGGAAGAGGAAGACGAAACCAUGGCAUUUAAAAAGAGAAAGGUCGAAUCUAGCAGCCUCCGGGAUCUCAAACGCCGAAAAGACGGAGACUGGAGAUCCAGCCAGUGGGUAGCUUGCGUGCUCUGCAAAAAGUGGCGAAGGAUUCCAUUCGAGCUGACUGUGGAGAGGAGUACGUGGCACUGCAAGGAAAACGUCUGGAAUUCCUCCAUUGCAAGUUGCGAAUGUCCACAGGAGGAGGCGAGCACCUUUGACAACAUGCCUACGAUGCGGGUAGAUUUCCCAAACACAUUAUGCAUAUCGGAUGGCGUUUUACGGAGAACCUCCACGCCUCUGGACAAGUCUGCUGCUCCUGUACCAGAUGAUAUGACCGUCGCAAGCGAGACGAUCAUCGGCAGCGCUACUGAUGCCACUGAUAGAGCCGCCUCUCCUGCUGAAAACGGUGCCGCCGCUUUGGACGUUUCAAAGUCUGCUCUCAAGACGCUCACCCCUGAAGAAGGUGAAGCUGUAGCGAACCAAGAUGUGAGCCCCUGUCAAGUCUGUGGUUUGGGGGGUCAAACCAUCUCCUGCUCUCUAACAGGAUGCACGAGUAGAUAUCACUUUCACUGCUUGGUUCCUCCACUGACUUCUCGUCCUAGUGGAGGGUGGUAUUGCAAGAAUCACAAAGUUGAAUCAAUAUGGCUCUCGAGUGCUGAAUGCGGGGAUGGUGGUCAGAUGUACUACGUGAAGUGGAGAGGUCGUGCUCACCUUUAUGAUAGCGUGCUCAGUGAAGCCGUAGUAGCGAAGCUGGCAUCGAAGAAGCUGACUCAUCUAAAGAGGAAUGGAAAGUUGCUAGAGUGGCAGCCGAGCUGGACAGUGCCAGAACGAGUCAUAGGAAUGCGACAAAAUGAUUCGCAAGAGAUAGAAUGGCUUGUGAAAUGGACUCAACUCGGUUACGAACAAUCCACAUGGGAGUCUGCCUCUGCAAGAUUUUUAUUGGAGGAAAAAGGGCGGCUUUUGAUCGAUGUGUAUGAGAAGUGGUGUGAAGUAGCGCGGCUGCGGGCUCGAGCUCCUCAGGCCGACAAGGUUUCUGAAAAAUGUGCGCGGCUUAUAAAGCAACCUUCUUGGCUACAAAGUGUUUCUUUGCAAGACCAUCAGCUGGAAAUGCUAAACAAUCUUCGCGAUUGCUGGUGUAAGCAGAAAGGAGGCAUUGUCUUAAGUAAUCCAAUCCAGGAAGAACCAGUUCCGGUUGUAGCCUUCUCAAUCUCUUUGUGUCGGGAAUUCAGAACAAAGGAGCCCAUACUGGUGGUGACUUCUCCAGAGAUGCUGCCGUUUUGGGAGAAGAAGCUUAAAGAGUGGACUCUUGAUCUCAACGUAGUUAUGUACUGUGGCACUCCUAAUAGUAGGUACUUCAUUCGACAGCAUGAGUUCUCUCUGAUCGAAGGCUGCGUCAAGCUACACAUCGUGGUAACCACGUUGGAUGUUGUGGGCUCGGAUGUGGAUGUGGACUUUCUUAAAGGGUUUAAGUGGUCCUGUCUAUUAAUUCAUGACUCUCGUCGAGCUCGGAGAAGUAUAUACAAAAAUUUGGCGAAGGUGUCUUCCAGUUUUUGUUUGCUUUUCUGUCCAGAGCCUUGGAAGUGGGAUUCCGAAGAGCGUCAACUUAUUGCGGAAGUUCUUGGAAAAGAUAAAAGCGUUGACUGGAAGGAGCUUGUGGCCUGCCAGCACAAUGCUGAACCUGUGAAUGAUCUAAGGGAAUAUUGGGUUCCGGCGCAAAUGUCCCCUGUGCAGGUUCAUCAGUAUUGUUUGCUCAUUGUAAAACACUUCGAGCUUCUGCGGUCUGGCAAUAUGUCUCAGGGGGAUAAUAUUCUUCACGAACUUGUUUCUGUUCUUCGAGAUUGUUGUAGUCAUCCUUAUUUGGUCUCGGAAACUUUGGUAAAAUCUAUCGGGGAGCUCGUUCCUAAGGGGGAGUGGCUUAAUGCGGGGAUAAGAGCGAGUGGCAAAUUGGAGCUUAUGCACAAGAUGCUCUCGCACUUUUAUCUGAACAAAAAGAAAACCCUUAUCAUUGUCCAGAACACACGUUCCAAACAGCUCAUGAACAUUAUUGAUGAUUAUCUAAAGCAACAAUUUGGCUCAUAUGGACGCAUUGAGCGAGGAAUGGAUGCACAGGUUCGUCAGGCAUCUCUCACAAGGUUCAACUCGCAGGACUCUAGCUGUUUUGCACUUCUUCUCGAGCGCGGUGCUGCUACAUCUAUUCCAAAUCAGCUCACGGCCGUCGACGCGGUUUUUAUCUACGACAGCGACUGGAACCCAUGGAGUGACACAACGUGCAUCCGAAAGCUUGGUCUCAACAACGUGACCGUGUAUAGACUGUACAGCUGCCUCACUGUGGAGGAAAAGAUUCUUGAUGGAGCACGGGAGGAUGUGGUGUCAAUCGAACGCCAACUUAAGAAUUUGAGCUUGAAAGCAAUGCAAGAGAUGCUUCGUUGGGGUGCGGCGGCUCUACUACAGAUGGACGACUGGUGUACACAAAAUGAUGCAGUUACGGAUCCAAGGAGAGGAUGGAAUGGUGCAACGGUCCCAAACGAGAUUGGCAAACAACUGUUUUCUCUAGAUGACGAUGAAGUGAAGGCUGUUUCUCUUGGCAACCACGGAACACAUCUCAGCGACAAAGCUCGAGCGAUUUUGUCACACAGAGAUGCGUCGUCCAAAGGAGUUCCUCUUUAUGGUGUAUCGUCCAAGGCUUGUGAAGACGGAAAUUCGACGGCGGCGGAUGAGUUCUGGUCCCCGCUUCUCAAGGGUAAACGCGAAAAGUCGCUCCAGUUACAGGGACAAAGAACGCGAAAGCCAGUUGAAUAUCGAGAUUUUGAAGACAUAUCAAAGAGAAAGAAAAGGAAACUUACGUCACCAAGUUACCUAGCGGCCCACGGCGAGCUACGGCAAGUGGAUGCUUCUGAUACAGUCCGUCCGACUCCUGAUGCUUCAACCCAGGUAGCAGCACCUCCAGUUUCGCAAAGUUCUGGAGGUCGUGUAACAACUUCGAGCAGCCAACGAGAGGAGCAGCUUGAGCGUCUCAGCAGUUUGCAGGGAGAGCUGAUGUCCCUGGGCGAGUUCAUAGAGUUACCAGAGAAUGUACUAAAGCGCGCGUUGGAAUUGCUCACUUUCGUGGUAAAGAACCUGCGGAUGAAUAAUAAUUUCCGUCACGAGGUGGAGUUGUCCUUGUGCUGGAUUGCAGCAGAACAGAUGGGCGUUGACUUCGACAAAGUGGUGGCGACUUUAGCGGCAACGAGCGAGGGGUUUAAUGUGGACGAGCAGUCGCUGGAGGCUGUUCACAACAAGCUCAAGAUAGCUUUGGGGGCCUUUCCUGCGUCUCGUUCACAAAACGGACAGUCUCCAACGGUAGCUGCCACGGAAAAAACCCAGCCAGCGGCUGUGUCACCACGGGCUUCUUUAGAUUCUCCUCCCGGGGGAUGUCGUGUAUCGGUAGAAAAAAGGGACCUGUUGGAAGAAAAAAAGCAGGAACUGAAGACGAGGAGGAAAGCCCAGACUCAAAAGCUCCUGAACUCUCAAAAGCGAGUGUGGUGCGAGCUUAUGGAGAACGAAACCAAGCAAAAGGUCCACCUUGAGAAGGUUUACGAAGCUGAAUGCAGAACUAUUCAAGCGUUGGGGACGGCUGAGAGUAGCCGGCUGCUAGCAGAGAAAGCCGAGGAACACAAGUUACGGGUGAAAGAACUUCAGACGCGGCUAGAUAAGGAGAGAAGGGAAUUGGGAGAGAGACAAACGUUCACGAGGAACAGGAUGGGCGCGUUCUUUGCUGAUCGGCUAAAGCAGCUGGACAACGGUGUUAUGCCAAUUGAUACUACUCCGGCAACCGACAAUACCGCUGAAUUGCGGGAAUGUCAACCUGAAAGUUCCGCCAACUUUAGCCACAAGGAACAGCAACUUCCGCGAGAAAGCGAUGAUCUCGGGCGUGGAAAUUCUCGUGGUGUCCGUCAACAGCAAUCUCCAUGUGAGCAGCAAGCAGAUCCUCCCAUGAUCCAGAGUGAAGACACUCCUGCUCGACCGCGAGUUUCUUCCGUUUCUAUGACCACUGCGGAAGCCUCGCAUCCUGUGCUUCCUGAAGCCCCCGUUCCAGCUCCUGAAAUUGGUUCUAGCACAAGAGAAGAAGUCUCCGUUCCUGCUAUCAGAAGUAAAGUAACUCAAGUUUAUGCGAGCAGAAGCGAAGAAGUUCCAGUUCCGAACGUUCCUGCGAGCAGAAGACAAGAAGUUCAGCCUCCAAGCAUUCCAGCGAGCAGGACAACUUCCAUUGCUGCGAGCCGAAGAGAGGUAGUUCCGCUUACACGGGACGCUGCUAUUGCUGCGAGCGGAAGAGAAGAAGUUCCAGUUACACGGGAUGUUUCUAUUGCUGCGAGCGGAAGAGCAGAAGCUCCGGCUGUUCCGGCUCCUGCGAGCAGAAGGGAAGAAGCCCCUCUUCCUGCGAGAACAGUAGAGGAAGUUCCACUUGCAAGUGACGUCGUCCCACCGCCAGCCAGCAGAAGCCAAGUCCCACCCGAGAUCCCAGCGAGUAGAAGCCAGCAAGGACCAGCGACCGGGAGCCGAGCCGCAGUCGUUAUUGCGUUACCAGCCAGCAGAGGCCAGGAAGAAUUUCCACGUACUACUAGUGGUCGGGCCAACGAAAUCUUUGCAGGGAACAGAAGUCAAGUUGUCGUUGCGCUUCCUGCAACGGGUCAGAUUCAUGCUGAAGCUCCUCUUCCUCUUGGCCAGAGUCCGCGGGUUCCACAGCAGCCGGUUUCCAACUUUGUGCCGCCAGCGCGCCUGUCUUCGCACUACGAUCCACUGUCGCUGGAGGAGACGAGGCUGCAGAAAGAGAUGGAGAAGAUCAAGAAGGCGCGCGACGACGAGGUGGCAAGGCUUUCGAAAGAACUGGAGGCGUUGAAACGGAAGCUCGAGGACGAGUGCAAAGCGUUCGCCCAGAAGGCGGAAGCGUUACAAGGCAACCUUGCAGCGGUGGCUGCCCAACGCCGCUUAUCCGAGGCGCUAAGGCUGAAAGACAGCGUGCGCCUCAAAGGAUCUCCCGGACCGCCAGCUCCGGCAAGCGUGUGGCACAACUCCGUCAUGGACUUCGCCGCCAUCGCGGGCGCCAACUCGCGGCCGCAAGCUCUGGCCGGCUCCUCCUCUCCAAUGGCCGCGAUCUACAACACGCAGCAUGGGAUACUCAGAGUCCCAGGGCAGCACUUUGGCCAGCAGCAGCAUCCUCAGCAGGUGAUGGUCUUCCCGCCGCCAUCGCCAACCAACGCGACACGAGCUCCAGAUCUCCUCCGGCCAAUCUCUCCCAGCUUCGCCACCCCAUCAACGCAGCAGACGCAUCACCAUACGAGGCUCCAGUUCGUGCCAGUCUCAGCUUCUACGAUGAUGAUGACGAGUCCAGCAGUAGCACCGCCUUCUCCCACGGUGGUGGCCACGACUCAAGAGCUCAUGAACGCCCGCGUCAGCUCGCAGGUAAUGUACAGGAACAUAAGCGAGAACCUGCGGCUGUCCUGGUUGAACCAGGCUCACACAGGGACAGGCGGCGGCGGCGGUAGCUUUAGUAACACAGGAGUAGUACCAGCUGCCGCGGCCACUGACGUAGCUGUGGAUCACGCGGCUCAAGCUAGCGCCAGUUCUGUAGCACGAGUUCUAGCCGGAGGCAACGCAUUUAUCGCCCAGCACCCUCUGGACUCCCGGGUGAGCUUGGGACACGCUGACUACAUCUGCUUAUCAGACGAGGAGUAGGGAAAGAGAAAACUGUUCGAGUGACUUACUAGGAGAACACAAGGGGACAUAGGAAAACGAACAAACGCUGUUCGCAAUUUUGGCUUUUACACUUCUGGAAGAUCUCUGAAAGAAGCACGAGAGCGAGGUUUAGAGAAGAUGUGAUAAUAGUAGUAGUAAAAGAAGCUACGAACCUUUUCACUA